AUGAGCAAUUGUCUCGCAUGUACGGACCCGAUUCCCAAAUGCCAAUGCCCCGCCGGCGUCGCGUGCUUCCAAUCCCAACGCAACUGCACCACCUGCCCUAGGAACAUCUGUGCCAGCUCGUCCUCGCCGAGCGGUUCGUCUGGCCAGAACCUCGGCAGUACGAUCGGCGGCGCCGUAGGAGGAGUCGCGGGCAUCAUCGUUGCUUUGGGACUACUCUACUUCCUAUGGUGGAAGCCGAGGGGUUUGGAGGCUUCGAGGAGGAGGUAUUCGAAACAUAUCACGAAUCGACAGUCCAAGACGCCUCCGCCGCCGGCGACGAGCGAGAGAAGGAGUGCCAACGCCGAUGCGAUUGCCAAACGUACUUCGAUACAUCUUAGGAUGGACGGUACACCGGAGAUUCUUGAGUUUGGGGCUCGCAGGCGUAGCAGUCCUAACAACACCGUCUCGUUUGUAGGUCGUCAAGUUGGCGACUCGACACGAGCACUGGGAGGUCAUUCGAGGGCGUCGCUCGAGGUGAGUGUGCUUGCCUCGCUGUGCAGUGAGGGUUGUUUUUUGUUUUUUUUGACUCGCUCUUCCAUCGUUGUAGAGCGAGAACCCGUUCGCCGAUCACGACAGAUCUUCGAUCGGAUCGUUCGACUCCGACAACCACGAUGCCAGGUCGACACGGACAUCGGACUUUUCGUUCCGCUCCUCGCAAUCGACCAACAUUAUCCCGAUCGCAUACAUCCCUCCUCACUCCAACUCGAUGGCCAUCGACGAUGCUAAUCGAGGUGCGUUCGGCGAAGUCCUGUCCGACGACACGAGGCGAGAAUCUUUACGCCCUGCCGCGGUCCGAAACUCGAUGCCCCUCAGCAUGGCCAGCCGCGACUCGUUGUCCUUUGUCAACUCGGAUCUCAUCGACCUGCACCCUCUGCCGCCGGUGCUGAGCGCCGAGAAGCUUUCUGCUUCGAAUGUGACCGCACCUGGUGGGGCACCUGUUCGCCCACCUCGAUCGCCUGGUCUCGACCUCAAGCUGCCGAGCAUCGCGCAGCCUACAGCACCGACGCUCACAUCGCCGCAUGCGAGCACGCUAGGAAUGCGUCCUACUUCCGCUCUCCUAUCCCCGCCGGGCGCUUCUUCGCGCAGCAGCUUCAGUGGUGGUUUCACCAACACCAGUCCGACCUCGUCCCGAGGCAUGUCGGUCUUGUUGGAACGCUCGCCCGCGGGUAUCCUUAGUAUGCCCGCUGGCUCGCACCUGUCGACCAUUUCGAGCAUUUCAACCUCGACGACGCAAACGAGGAGCUCGACCAUGUCGUACAUUCUCGAUCCGCCGCAAAUAAUCACACCCGUCAAUGCUCAAGGCGUGCGUCGCGUAGAGGUCCUCGGGCGUGGUCAAGCCGGAUUGGUCAAACUGCAAGGAAGCGCCGCUCCAGCAAGCUCGCCUACUCCCAGCAGUUCUUUUGGGUCGCCUGGGACAACCCCAACACCCAAGGUCACGGCAACAAUGCAGGGCCAGCGCGCUGCUGCUUUCGCCGUCGCUUCGAACGAGCAGAAACCGUUCGCGGAUGCGAGUCAAGCGUCGACAAUUGCACGAGAAAACGAUCAGAGGCGGUCAUUGGAGGACUCGCUUUUGGACCAACGCGACCCUGUCAUUCGACGCGACUCGCUCUCAACCAUCACGGAUGGGUCGGACGAGUCCGCCGGAGGUGUGGGCUCCUCUUCGCCUCGCUGGACUGCAUCAUCGAUUCAACUCGGCGGUGCAGGUGAUCGCGGGUCGGCGCAUUCGAUCCAAUUUGACGCCGAACCGCCUUCACCUGGAUACAACCGCUCGCUGCACCCACCUUUGUCAAUAGCUUCGUCCACAGGUCUGGGUAUCCCAUCGAGUGCUCACAAUUUGGCUUACUCGGAUAUCGAUGGGGACGGGGAGACGGGAUCGAGAUCGCGACCACUGACGGGUGGUUCGCAAUGGGUUAGCGCGGCCUCGGCCUCGGCUUCAGGUCGCCACGCCUCGACCACAUCGGUCGUCUCAAACUCUUCACCUCGAUCUUCGUCUAGCCCGUCGAUGCUGGACGCCGUCACCUUUUUGACACCCGCAGCGAGUCUUUCCUCCCCGAGCAUUUUGAGCGACACCCCUUCGUCGGCACAAGGCUCAAGGCUUUCUCAGACCCCUUCGUUCCCUAUGCCUCCUCAACGACCGGUCAGCACGCUGCGAGCGGCACAAUCUUCAUCACAAGGUGAAAGUGACGCGGAUGCUGCUUACUCGGGCCCAUUGGCGGUUAUCGACGUCACCUCUCCUUCAUCGGAUGGAUCCGCCCACGGAUCCCCCGAUCCUGAAUCGCCCCUGCCAGCACCUUUCUUGCCCUUCGCAGGCCAACGCCCGACCUCGUCCGCUUCCCUCGCCGCGACGUCGGACGUAGAUGGUGGUAGAGCAGGCAAGCCACGUGUUGAGAGUCAAGCCAUUUCCAUCCGCAGUGGAUUCUCCAGUGGACUCAGUCAAAUCCCCUUCACCCUCGACGGUGGAUUGCGUGACUCGAUGCUCUUGAGCGAUCGAGGGAGCGUCAUCAGUCUCGGUGUCGAGUCCGCUCAAGGUGACGUCGACGACGAAGAAGAGUAUGUUCGGAGUGGGCAACCUUCCCUCGCCGAUCGUACGAGCAAGAUGUCAUACCUCAGCGCAGCAACGAAUGACGAAGGCGACGUAUUCGCCGAUGGGACCGGUCGACCCAGCAGUUUCGCCAGUUCGAUGGGCGACUCGAGUUACACUGGUGAUGACUCUAUGAAUGAGGAUGUCGUAGUCAUGCAAGCUGAGAUGUUGCCCUUGCAUCGCUCGACGUCGAUGAGGAAAACCUACUCGAAUGCGAUGACGGGGAGCUCGUUGAGGCAUGAGGCAGUGCCGAACACGGAUGGGGAUGACGAGUCAAACCCUUUCGGUGAACAUGCCGAGGUGUUGACUACGACCAGUGGUAGUGCGGAUGCACGAGCGUCGAUGGAUUCGUUGGUGCUGAGUGCGGCGCUGUCGAGGAACUUUGAGGAUCUGCAUGGUGCUUGA